UACCCGCCCCCCCUCUCGGACGCUUCCGCAGCAGCGGCAUCGGCGGCCGAAGGAGAGAGAACAUGCAGUUCGCGUGGGCGGUGCUGUGCCUCCCGGCCGUCGCCGUGGCGCAGAUGGCCGGCAUGACCAAGGAGGAGCAGGGGCCACCCAUUGUGAUCGCGGAGUGCACCCUGCAGGGGGGCUGCGAGGCGCAGCAGAGGGCCCUGACUCUGGACGCCAACUGGCGCUGGGUGCACGGCCAGACCUGCCAGGGCACGGGCCCCGCCGCCCAGUGCUACAGCUCGGGCAACUGCUUCACCGACGGCGUGUGGGACUCCACCAUGUGCCCCGACCCGGAGUCCUGCGCCGAGAACUGCGCGCUGGAGGGCGUCACGCUGGACGACUACGACAGCACCUACGGCGUCGCGGCGAUCCCGGGAGGCAAGCCAGACAAGUACAAGCUUUUCAAGCUCCUGAACAGGGAGUUCACCUUCGACGUGGAUGUCUCCACACUUCCCUGCGGACUGAACGGCGCGUUGUACUUCAGCGAGAUGGAUGAGGAUGGGGGGAUGAAGCACUCGGGCAACAAGGCUGGCGCCAAGUACGGGACAGGCUACUGUGACGCCCAGUGCCCCCAUGACGUGAAGUUCAUGGAGGGCAAGAGCAACACCCUCGAGUGGAACACGAGCGCAGCUCUCGGCAAGUACGGGCUGUGCUGCGCGGAAGUUGACAUCUGGGAGGCGAAUUCCAUGGCCACGGCCUUCACGAUGCACCCGUGCACCAUCGAUGGCACCUAUUUGUGCAAGGGCAAGGAGUGCGGCGACAACGCCAAGAACGAGCGCUACGAUGGCGUCUGCGACAAGGAUGGCUGCGACUUCAACUCGUACCGCAUGAGCCACCAGCAAUUCUUCGGACCGGGAGACGAUUUCACGGUGGACACCACGCAGCCGAUGACCGUGGUGACCCAGUUCGUGACAGACGACGGCACCGACGACGGCGACCUCGUGGAGAUAAGGCGCCUCUACGUGCAGGGCGGCAAGGUGAUCAAGAACUCGAACGCCGGCAUCCUCGGCUCUGACGGCGGGGACUCCAUCACCGACGCGUACUGCUCCGCACAGAAGGAUAAGUUCGGCGACCCCGACGAUUUCCGCAAGAAAGGCGCCCUGAAGCAGACGGGGGAGGCGCUGCGCCGCGGGAUGACGCUCGUCCUCUCCCUGUGGGACGACUACCAGUGCCAGAUGCUUUGGCUCGACUCGGACGCCGGGGAAGAGGGCGGCCACUCCACGCGGGCGUCGCGCGCGGCCCGUGCGACAAGACAACGGGCGUGCCGGCGGACGUUUGCGCGCAAGUACCCGGACGGCGUCGGUGCCUACUCCCACAUCAUGUACGGGGAGAUCGGGUCCACCGUACACUGCGGCGAGGGCAGCAGCAGCAGCAGGCAGCUAGGAACUGCAGAGAAGACGCAGCAGCCGCAGCCGUCGCUGCCCGCAGCCAAUUGCCGCAGGCCGCCCAGCGGCGGCGCGGCGGGCGAGGGCGCCUCCGCCGCGGGUUCCUGCGCGGACGUGGUUCAGCAGUGCGGGG